AUGCACAGAAGGUCCAAUUUUCAGCUUCUUCAUGUGCUUACUGUGCUUUUAUUGCACAUCAAACCUACUCCUGGGCUCAUUUCAGGAGGAGAAGGGAAAAAAUUCAGGUGUAUAGACAGGGAGAGACAAGCACUUGUCAAGUUUAAACAAGAACUUGAGGAUGAUUUUGGUGCUCUUUCUUCCUGGGGGAGUGAAGAAGAGAAGAGUGAUUGUUGCAAAUGGAGAGGAGUUGGCUGCAACAACAGAACUGGUCAUGUUACUUUGCUUGAUCUUCAAGUCACAUCUACCCCUUUGGAGGAUGAUUACAAGCCUCUAAGAGGAGCUGCGGUUGUGUGA